AUGCCCGUCCCAGUAAGACGCAGCCCUUUCACCAUAGACAUCCUCAACGAGGUAUUACCUCAAGGAGUGAAGAUCUCGGGGUUACCUCAAUUUGAAGGGACCACCGAUCCACAAGAGCAUAUAGAGAAAUUCAACGCCAUGGCAGAUUUGUAUGGCCAGACGGACACUGCGAUGUGCAAAAUGUUCCGCACCACUCUCUCCAGGAGAGCUAUGAAUUGGUUCAACUCUCUACCCACUGGAUCGAUUGGCACCUUGGCUCGGCUGUCAACACGGUUCACCAACCAAUUCGCCAUCAACAAGCAGUAUGCCAAGACCCCAGCCAGCCUUUUCUCUGUAGUACAGAGAGAUAACGAAACGCUCCGCAACUACAUCAAGCGUUUUGUAGAAGCCGUCCAUGAAGUCCCCAGUGUAGGGCAAGAUAUGCUCUCUGGGAUUAUGAAACAAAACUUGAAGCCGGGUAGAUUCAAAGAAUCUAUCGCCGGAAGGCCUCCAGGCAACCUAGAGGAGUUGCUGAACCGAGCUGAGAAAUACGUGCGAAUAGAGGAAGCUUCUACCCAUGCUCCUCCCAAGAGGAAGAGGGAAGAUGGUCGACAGGACGUUAGAAGACGAGAUGAUAGACAACAAAGAGGUUUAGCAGAACCUCCACGUCCUAUGCAGCCAAAUGCGAAACGAGAAAAGUCGGAUCGCUACUAUCGAUUCCAUAAGGAUAGGGGACAUACUGCCAAGGACCGUGCACAACUCAAAGUAGCCAUUGAAAGAUUGAUCAAGCAGGGCCACUUAGGCGAGUACAUCGAUAAGACUCGAAACAAGCGCCGUGAGGACCUCCCACGCCGAGAUAACAAUCGAGAUCAACCACACAAAGAGAGGAGGGAGGUCAUCGGCGAGAACAAGAUAACAAUGAUAAUCAACCCACCCGGGGAGUCAUUGCCUUUAUCUCCCGAGGACCGGCGGGUGGGGAUUCACAAAAUGCGAGACGCAACCUUGCUCGGUCAGCACGUAUGA